AUGGUGGAAAAGGUCUACGUGACGUACAAUGAGAUCCACAAACUAUGCCAGACGUCGGCCGAGAAGAUUCUCAAUGACUUCCAGCCUAAUCUCAUGGUUGCCAUUGGAGGCGGCGGCUAUGUACCAGCGAGAAUCCUAAGAUCAUUCCUCAAGCGGCCCGGUGCUCCUAAUAUCCCCAUUCAAGCCAUCGGCCUCUCGCUCUAUGAACAACUUUCUGGGACAGACCCCGUCGAAGCGCCCGGUACAAAAGUUACGCGGACACAAUGGCUUGAUCUAUCCUCGCUCGAGAUGAAGAACCUGAUUGGCAAAAACGUCCUGAUCGUUGACGAGGUAGAUGAUACGCGCACCACACUCGAAUAUGCGGUGAAGGAGCUGGAAAAGGACGUGGAAUUGGCCAGACAACAACAAGGAAGAACCGAGAGGACAAAAUUCUCCAUAUUUGUCCUGCAUAACAAGGACAAGGAGAAGAAGGGACACCUUCCAGAAGACAUGCUCAAAGAAAAUCGGUAUCUGGCGGCGGUGACUGUGCCCGAUGUGUGGAUCUGUUAUCCCUGGGAGGCGACUGACAUUGACGAGCACGACCAACUCGCCCAAAACCACGGCGUCAACUGA